AUGGCGACUAUUCUUGAGAGCAAUUCCUUUUGCGACGUCCUGCCGACGGUGAUGCUGCGUGUGGAGCCGGCGCCGGUGGCAAUGCAGCACCACUUCAUCGUCAGCGCCCGCCACGGGUACAUGCUGCCGGUCCACAACUACACCUGCCAGGUGCGUCUGUUCUUUGAGCAGAUGCCCGCUGAGGAGAUGGUGCGGAUGCAGGAUGUGUUUGCGCUUGGCCUGCCGCUUGCCUUUUUGCUGCUGGCGGCGCCGUUUUUGUUGUGGCGCAUUGACCUGCUCCCCGGGUACCUCGUCGACAUUGACGUCAUCAGCUGGCUGUGGUACCUGCCGUACCUCCUGCGGGACGCCGUCAUCAAGGCGGCGGUGGGGGGGCGGCACGGUGCUUUGGGGGAUCUACCGCAACCGACGCGUUCGUGCGCGACAGCGUCAGCUGGAGAAACGGCAUCGUCACCUCAUGCAGGAGACAGAGCGUCGGCCCGGCAUGCACGAUGGCCCCACACCGCCCGCGCCGUUUCAGCUGCAGUCGCAGCACGAGACAUACGCGGCUGUUGA